AUGUCAGUCGUACUGCCGGAGGUUUUCGCCCAGAUCCCUCGCUACCCAUUGCUCUACAACCACUCCUCCCCCAUUCAUUCCCUCCCGCGCACCUCUCAACGCGCAACCAGCAAUUCCCCGCGUCUGGCCGUCUUCGCCAAACGCGAAGACCAAUCCUCACCCCUCGCCUGCGCGGGCAACAAAUACCGCAAGCUCGAAUACAUCAUCCCAGACAUUCUCUCUGUGUCGCCACAGCACCAUGACCACGAACAUGCAGAGACACCCACACCCAGUUCCGGUGCGGCCACAACCCUAGUAACAGAGGGCGCAAUCCAAAGCAACCACACAGUCCAAGUCUCCGCGGUCGCCCGACAACUUGGUUUAAACGCUUUAGUGCUGCUACAGAAAGGAACAGGUGCCGGAUUCCGCACUGCCAGAGACCCAGACGCCUUCCUGCGCAGCGGCAACGUGCAGAUAAACCGCAUGCUCGGCGCAGAGGUGCGGAUCCUCGACGAGAGCGAUACACUAUCGCGUGAUGCAAGGCCCGUGCUAGAUGAAUUGCGCGCCCGCGGACAACGGCCCUACUGGAUCCCUGGUGGUGCGAGCAUGCACGCGCUCGGUGGACUGGGGUAUGCGCGCGCGGCGAUGGAGAUCGCGGCACAGGAAAAGGAGCUGCGGCUGGGCGGAUCGGGACGGUUUGAUUAUGUGUUUGUGGCGUGUGGGAGUGGGAGUACUGUUGGCGGGCUGGUGGCCGGGUUUAAACUGUAUGAGAAGAUGCGGACUUCAUCUUCGUCGACUGCGUCCUCUACUACUGCUGCUGCAACUGCAGCACCACCGCGACAAAUCAUCGGCGUGCUCAAUUCGCCUACAAAUCCCAAACCAUACCACGAAACGCGGGUACUUACCUUUGCACGCCGCGCGGGGGCACUGAUCGGAUUGGAUCCAGAGACAGAUCUGGGGUUGGAGGAUGUGCGGCUAGACGAUUGGUUCGUGGGCACUGGGUACGGGGUGCUGGACGCGGAGGCGCGCCAGGCACUAGAGACCAUGGCCCGAACGGAGGGAGUGAUUCUGGAUCCGGUAUACACGGCGAAAGUAGCCCGCGGGAUGCUGCAUUGGGUCCAGCAGGGAGAGGUGGUGGCGGAUGCUCGGCGGAACGGGAAUCACUCGGACGAGGUGAAUGUUUUGUUUAUUCAUACGGGGGGACAGGCUGCCCUGGGGGCGUAUGCGGAUGUAGUCUAA